AUGGAGCAAAAACAGUUUGCUCUUCAGAAGCAACUCGAAGAUGAGGCUGCUACAUGUACAGAGAUGUUCCUGGACCUCGACAACAAGCUGUCGCAGCAUAUCGAGCGGCACGAUUGCGUCCAGGACCGCAUGGACAACCUUGAGCAGGUCAUAGGCGGGACGGAUGAAACAAUUGUGGAUGAGGACAUGAGUCAGGUGCCUUUCAUGCAACGCCUGAGACAUCUGGAGCAGCUUGUGCAGCGGGAGUCGGUGACGCUCGAGCGAUUGAACUCUGUCGAGAAGACCGCGCGUGACGCGUGGGAGUUCGCAAAGAGGUUUGUCGCCCGUGUGGAUGGCCUGCAGCAUCAAGUCGGUACCGAAAACUUAAAAACAGAGCGGUACAUGUGGAAAGUGGACAGGCUCGAGACCGAAAAGUGUGAUUUGGUUGAGCGUGUGAAUGGACUGGAGCGGCAGUUCGGUCUGUGCGAUGAUGGGAAGCAGGCACCCAAACAGGCUGAAGGGGAACAGGUUGCCUCGCCAAAACACCGAAUGGGCUUUCUGGAGAAGGCGAUGGGAGUUGGCGAUUCCUUUCAGCCUGCCAGUGCCACGUCGGGGGCAACGGUCGCCGUAAGCACUCGCAGCGAGGCAUGUGCAGUCCCAGCCUUGGCUAGCAGUCUCGAGAACGCGGAUGGCACGGUCAGCCAGAAAACACCCCUCAAAGUCGGCCUGAGGGAGUGCAUCUUUGGGCAAGCGAGUGGACGUCUUGGGGUGCUGUAUGGCCGACAAGUUCGGCCAAGCAGCAGAAGCUGA